CUUGAAGAAAUGUGACGUUACGCAGACGACCGCGUUUCUUCUCAACAUCGCAAAGUCAACUGUUCUCAAGUAAGUAGGCUUUUUUCGUUUUCAUGCACGUAAAAAAAAUAUCGACUGUGUCCUAAGUAUUGUCGGCCUGUGUUUUAACUCACGAGGUUUUUUGUGUUUUAUUUCCAAUUUAUAAUUUUUGGUGUGAGACAACACCGCCAUGUGGCGUCUCUGUUGAAAAGUUAACCUAAAAUCAUAUUAGGCCUACUCAGGUCCUAACAAUAACAAUAUAGGCACUUUCAAGUAUUUUUAUGGGUGUGAUACACGUUUGUUUAUAACGAUGUUUAUAAACUUUAUGAUAGGUUUAACUAUAACAUAAGGUAGUGAUUUUAUAAUUUGCAUUUAAUUAGUUUUUCAUCUGUUUGGGAGAUCACAAAAUAAAUAAAAAAACACUUCAUUAAUUUCGUGGACAAAGUCUGUCAUGUUUCCAUUUAGUGACCACAAAGCAAAUAUUUGUGACAAAAUUCCAUAUUUGGAACACUGCCUAACUGCGUAUUGUGAACGGGUCCCCGGAAAAGUGUUAUGACAAAUGUUUUUUUUUUUUUUGGUUAGGUACUACAAGAAAGACAUUGAAGAAGUUUCAACACCAGGAAAAAAGAGGAAAAAAAGGCCACAGGAAGGAAAGUCACUUGACACAGUCGACGAUUUCACAGUAAAUGCAAUCAGGAAUGCAAUUUACAGGAUGUACGCUGAAGGUUUGAAUGUUACAGUCGACACCAUUUUGAAAGAAAUCAGGGAAAGACAAAUAGAUUAUUAUGGUGGAAGAUCAAGUCUUCAUAAAUUGUUAAAGAAGAUGGGAUUUUCAUGGACAACUGUUGAUGGACGAAAAGCUUUGAUAGAGAAUGAAAACAUAGUAUUGCAGCGAAUAGAUUUCUUGAGAAAGUAUAAAGAAGAAAAAGAAAGAGGUGCCAAUUUCAUAUUUGUUGAUGAAACAUGGAUUUUCCAGAGAGGCAAGGCAUUAAUUUAUUUGAAAAUUUGUUCUGUGGUCCAAUACAAAGUAUUUCAUUUCCAUUUCAUAUAUUUUUCAGGAACUGUAUCAAAGUCAUGGCAGGACAAGAGUCUACAAUCUGCGAAGAGACGUACUGUUGGAGAUGGUAAAAGGUUUAUUGUUGUUAAUGCUGGAGGGCGCACUGGCUUUGUGCCAGGAGCAGGAUUACUUUUUGUUUCAGGUCAGAAGACUGCAGACUGCCAUGGCGAGAUGAAUGGGGAAACUUUCUUGAUGUGGUUUGAAGACAUGUUGGUGCAUCUUGAGGAACCCAGUGUCAUCAUAAUGGACAAUGCUUCAUAUCACAGCACCCAGGUUGAGAAAACACCUACAACGAACUGGACCAAGGAUGCACUGAUCGCGUGGCUGGAGAAGAAUGAGAUAAAACAUGAAAAUAAUUUGUUGAAAGUGGAGCUGCUGAGAAUAGCUAAACAAAACAAGCCCCGAAUACGAUAUGAGGUAGACGAGUUGGCUCGUAACUAUGGCCACGAAAUUCUACGACUCCCACCCUAUCACUGCCACUAUAAUGCAAUCGAACUAGUUUGGGCUCAAUGUAAACACCAUUACAAUAGUAACGUGGGGCGGGCCAAGAGAUUUGACAAUGAUGCAGUUGCAGCCAUAUGGAAAGAGGCUCUUGAUGCUUCCACACCAGAGAGAUGGGCGAGGUGUGUGGAUCACGUGGAGAAGCUAAUUCAAGCAGACUGGGAGAGAGAAGUCCACAUAGACAGCGGCACCAUUCCUCCACUCAUCAUCCACCUCGGCAAGGAUAGUUCAAGUGAAGACAGUGACAGCGAAGAAUUUGAGGUUACGACACAGCAAAUAGAUGGAGACAGUGAAGUACUGGCAGUUCCUCUUGAUGAUUUACCCGGGUGUUCUUAUUGAGGUCUGUAUGUAAUAAACACCUGGGCAACUGUAAGUAUUGGGGUUUGAAACAUUUUUUUUUCUUUUAUGCAUUCCCAUUAAGUAUGUUGA